AUGGGCCUCUUCAACAAAUCCACAGCGCUGGUCUACACCGCACUUCUCCUUUUAUCAUCAACACUCGUUGCAGGAAUCCAGUACUGUCACACCGGCGCCGAUUUUUGUUUCGCCGCAACUACUCAACAAAACAUUUCAACUGAAAGCCAUAAUGUUUACUUGACCAUUUCUGCAACACCAUCCAAGAAAGGCGGUUGGACGGGUGUUGGUCUCGGUCGUGAAAUGAAAGGUGCUGUGAUGUUCAUCAUCUAUGAGGAUCAAGAAAGUAAAUCGCUUAUCACCAGCAUUCGAUCGGCAAGCGGCCAUGUCAUGCCCAAGGUUGUAGAAGAUGCCGACCAACGGGUCAAGGUAUUGCAAGCAACUGUCUCGGAUGACAAAUAUCUCGCACAAUUUGUCUGCUAUUCAUGCUGGUCGUCAGAUGUGGAAAUUGACGGACUAUCGCCCUAUAUUUUUGCUGGAAAUAAAGAACAAGCUUUCAAUGGCGCCGACAAGUAUUCGAGCUUGAUGUACCAUGACUUCAAGGGUAAGGUAUGGGGUGACAUGAGUGUCACUGCGAAGGAUACCACAGAGACCUCAGCCCCAGACAUUCAAGGCGAAGAAACCAUCGGAAUCACCGAAAAGUCGCCGGAACCAGAGACAAAGAAGCCUGAAGGGUUCUUUACUGCGGUCCGAGUUCACGGCACCAUCAUGACCUUCUCUUUUAUGGGAUUGUACUUUGCAGGCAGCGUGGCCAUCCGCUCCCCGCUCAUCCGCGCUUUUAAGUAUCACUGGAUGGUCCAAGCCGGCGCGUCGGUCCUCGCCCUCGGCAAUGGCUUGUACAUGUUCUUACGUUCCAAACAUUUCGGGCCACACAAGAUCAUCGGUCUCAUCAUCCUCUGCUCCCUGACCAUCCAGGCUGCUGCAGGCUACAAACACCACAUUGACUUUGUCAGGAUCCGCCGACAAACAAUCUUCACGCUCGUGCAUCGCUGGCUAGGUCGCGGAAUCCUGUUGGUUGGUACCAUGAACGUCGGUCUCGGUAUGUACUAUCGCCACUGGUCGUCUGCCGGCUUGUUCACUUGGUUCGUGAUUUGGUGCGUCGAGAUCGCCGGCUACGGCUACGUGUUAUUACGGCAUCAGCGUCGCCAGUCCCAGCAACGUGCACAUGCGAUCCCGAAAGAAGACUUGGAAGAUAUCGCGGAUGCAGAGGUGUUUGAUAUUGGUGACGACUUUGACGAAGAUGAGGACGGAGUUGAAGCUGUUCCGCUCAUGGAACGUCAGAAUAAACAUGAAAAGAAAAGAUGA